UUCGAUACAUCACUAAUUUAUUUCAUUUGAUCUAUUUGAUCGCUAAUUUUUUUUUGUCUUAGUAUUAUCGCACAAGUUUUUAAUUUCUAAAAUAAUGUCGUGAUAUGAAAUAAUAGAAAAACUUGCUUCUACUUUUAUUAUCAUUAUAGAGUUUCGCAAUUUACGUGAGAUUUACCGUGCUGUGUUGUGUUUGCUAAACGUGGAACUCUCCACCGGCUGAUUUUUUAAAUAUUUUUAUUGUGAUUUUUUGUGCAUAUGUAAUGGGUGAUAGAGACUGGAGACCGUUUGUUUACGGCGGUUUGGCGUCGAUUGUCGCGGAAUUUGGUACCUUCCCAAUCGACACAACAAAAACUCGACUCCAGGUUCAGGGGCAGAAGAUUGAUCCGAGACAUGUGGAGCUACGGUAUACGGGCAUGGUGGACUGCUUUAUAAAGACAUCGCAGCAGGAAGGAGUCAAAGCCUUGUAUUGUGGCAUAUGGCCUGCAGUACUGCGGCAAGCUACAUAUGGCACUAUAAAGUUUGGCACGUAUUAUUCCAUGAAGAAGGCAAUAGCGAAGCACCGAGCCGACGGUGGCACCAAGGAGCACCUGCUGACCAAUACAUUUUGUGCAGCGUUCGCUGGAGGCCUGUCUAGCGCCAUUGCCAAUCCUACUGAUGUAUUAAAAGUUCGAAUGCAGACGGGCACGGAGCGCGGCGGCGUGGCGCGGUGCGCGGCGGCGACGUGGCGGCGCGAGGGCGCGCGCGGGCUGUGGCGCGGCGCGGGCGCGACGGCGCAGCGCGCGGCCGUGAUCGCGGCCGUGGAGCUGCCCGCGUACGACGCCUGCAAGCGCCGCCUGCUGCCCGCGCUCGGCGACGCGCCGCCCAACCACCUCGCCUCCAGCCUGCUCGCCAGCCUCGGCAGCGCCGUCGCCAGCACGCCGCUCGACGUCGUCCGGACGAGGUUAAUGAAUCAAAGGAGAGUCAAGGACCAUAUAGCGAGCCAGCAUGAAGUUAUUUACAAAGGAACCAUAGACUGCUUUAUGCAGACGGUGCGCAACGAGGGUUUCCUAGCACUGUACAAGGGUUUCGUCCCAACCUGGCUGCGGAUGGGUCCGUGGAACAUAAUUUUCUUUAUCACGUACGAACAGCUGAAACAGUUCUACUGAGUACCCAGUACGCUCGCCGCCGGCCCGCGACUACGGCGCUAGUCGUUUAAAUAUGAUUAUAAGGUUAUGUUGUCGUAUCGGUUCGGAAAUACUGCUGCUGGAUGUUGAUUCCAAAGAAUGGUUGUGCGUGGAAGAAAGUGCCUUGAAAAACGCACGGUGGAAGACCGCCACUCGUCUAGAUGAUUGGGAUGAGACUUUAGUUUGUAGCUGUUGGUAAAAAUAGGUAUGGGUGGAAGGGAAAGGGUCGAUAAGGUGCAGGGUAAAGGUAAAACUAAAGCAGUGACUUUGACUUGAUUAGAAUUGUUUUGUUUAAUUCCACUACCAUAAGUAUGCGUGCGAUUGCUGCUAAUAUUUGAGGAUUAGUUACUAUUAUUAUUAAUAGAAGUUUUACUGUUGCUUGCAACCAAAUGUUUUUUUUUUUUUAAUUAUUGUUUAUUUCCAACUUGUGGUGCCACCUGGUGUCGUAAUAUAGAAUUAGUUGUUGUGAUGGUGACCGUAUUUAAAACUGGUCGCUGGUCGGUCGUUCUGCGUCCAUAAAUAAUUAUUUGCUAAUAUAUAUGUGAAAAUACACUAGUUUUGUAUAAAACAAUGUUUAAAUUCUAUAUGCAGUUCACGCUCUCAUUACGAGUACUAUUAGUCAUCGAUCUCCGACCAUUAUUCAGUCCACGCACAUGUUGCGAUAUGUUUCUUUAAAUGAAGCAUCUUCAGGUUAUUGUGAUCGUUGUUUAAAGCCUAUUGAUUGAUAUAUAAUAUAUUAAGCAAAUGUUUUUUGUUUUUUUUUUUUAUAUAGUGUGUUGUACUAACAUAUAUGCCCUCUAAGACUGCACGCGGAGUCCUCACUCAUUUGUGGCUGUAUCUAGUUAUAAAGUAAAGAAUAUUGUAAAUAAUCAUCGGUUUCGUAUCGAAUGUAGUUAAGGGGGGCAGAUGAAAACUUUUUAUAGCAUAGCACAGGGAUAACAGUUCAAAAACCGUCGAUAUUAUUCAUAAAACUGGACAACUUGGUCACAGAAAGGUCGUUGAAAAAUGGUUGAGGUAAAUAAAAAAAAGUUAAUAAAUGCACUUAAAAAAGUUGUUAGUUGUAAGUAUAUACUAUCUAAUACGACUUGAAUAUGUCUUGCAAAAAAAAAAAAAUUGUAGUAAGAUUGUUUUUCUUGACACUGGCAAAAUCAUCGGAACCCCGAUUGGGCUAUAAUUAAAAACAAAAAAAAUAGUUUUUCAUGUGUACACACUUAGAAUAGACAUGUUUGUAUGUUGUGCUCAUUUUAAACGCCGAUAUUAAUUUUGCCUUUAUUUUGAAAUAAAUACAAAACUUGUUUUUACUUUGAAUAUGUUUUUGUAAAUAUAUUUAGUGUUAAAAAAAAAAUAUCUGUCAAAGUGGUGUGUAAAUACAGAUAGGAGUUUCUUGAAAGGCAAUUUAAAUUUUUUUUUUCUAAUAUUCCAAGAUAAGGAUUGCUAUACAUAUGUAUUAGUAUUUGGUAGUUGUGUGUAUUAUUUGAUUGUUAUUUAUCAUACAUGUUAGGGUGUAAUCAGCAGUAAUCACAUCAGAUUUUCCCAAGAAACUACAGCAUGGGGUUCUUCAAAAGGGGGGUAAAGAGGUUUCUUCAGGGUCGGCAACGCGCGCGUAAUACAUCUGGUAUUGCAGGCGUUCAUAGGCUACGGUAACCGCUUACCAUCAGGUGGGCCGUAUGCUUGCUUGCCACCUCAGUGGUAUAAAAAAAAAUUAUUACAUGUAUCAUAUCUCUACAUUAAGGAAAAUAAUAGAGUUUAUAAUUACUCCUCUCCAUCCAAAGGUUGGCUGGAAGAGAUCGCUCUUAGCGAUAAGGCCGCCCAUUGUUUUCUCAUUGUGAUUAUUUCUUGUAAUUGUUUAUAUUUAUUUACUAUUGUGAUUGUAUUUGGAGGAAACAAUAAAGAGUAUCUAUCUAUUUUAUGUACCAUAUAGCUCGGAAGAUAUUUUCGUAAAUUGUCAAUGUUUCUUAUAUAUCACAAUAGUGUCACGCUAAUAUACGACUCGCCUGAUGAUUAACGAUUACUGUAGUUACACCUGUAGUAGGUACACGAUGUCACGUAUUGUUAAAGCCAGACGAAACCACAUGUCUAUAUCAAAAUUCGUGUGUCCGUUCACACAGACCGGUUCGGAGAGAGCAAAUUUUGAUCACGUUCAAAAUAGACUUUUAAAAUCAUUGUAAUAACGUUUAAUUUUAUAUCUCACUUCAAAAAGAAUUAAUUUCCCAAUUCGGUUUUUUUAUGUUUGAUACCUCAUAACUCCGUUAGUCGUAAAUCGAUUUACAUUUCUUUAUCUGAAGCAUACCUUGCUUAUAGAUUGGAUCCAUAGAAAUUUUAUUAAAUUCAGUUUAGGGGGCAUCCAUUAAUUACGUGAGCUCUUUUUCGAUCAGUUUAGACUCCUCCCCCCCCCCCCUUUUGAUUAAGGUGAGAUUUAGUGAGUUUUAUCUUGACCUCCCCCCCCCCCGCCCCUUACGUGAAAUUGACGCAAAAAAUAUUUUAACCUUAAUUUAUAUUUAUUAUUCGGGAAAAUAAUAAAUCGUUCAGGUAUAUAAUUAUUUUAUUUAAAUUAAAUAAAAUUCAAAGUAAAAACAAAAACAACACUUUCUUUAAAAUUUUUACUCAAUCCAUGGAGACUCGUGUAUUUUUUCAAUCGAAAUAAUUGGACACAUAUCAUCUGGGAUUUCUAGUAGUGCAGGAAGACAAUCACUGGAAACGUCUACGUUUAUCUUUAAUAUUUUAGUAAUAUCUUUAAUAUUUUAUAUUUUUUGAAGUAGACGUGAGAUUUUUUAUUAUCCCCCCCCCCUCAGUUUAAAUGAGAUUUGAUGAGAAUUCAUUAGACCCUCCCCCCCUAUUCUGAGCUCACGUAAUUAAUGGAUGCCCCAUUAGUAGUUUAGUUUUUAAAUUAAAAUGACUAGUUUUGUCACAGUUAAAGUCAGUUUUUUUGCGGAACAUAAUCUUAUGUUAUAUGGGAAUGCUCGAAAGCCGACAAAAGAAGUCAAUGUAAAAAUAAACCUUAUUUCAACGGUCUAAAACUAAACGCGACCAAAAUCUACUCUCUCCGAUCCGGUCUAUGUGAACGGACACUAAUUAGACAUUUGAAUCGGAUGACAUCGAAGCUUAUUUAUUUAUAGCUAAAAAUAAUAGAAUACUUGACAUUACCUACGUAAUCCUGUAUGCCACUCCUGUUUUCCCGUAUUAAAUGUACUACGUUAUUAUAAAUGUUAGUUACAAAGAUCAAUAGCCAAAUUGUUAAAUAAAUGAUGUGGAUAUUUAA